AUGGGGCAACGUAAUCAACGAUAUCGAAAGCAACCAAUAUAUGGCAAUGGGUAUGGUGGAGCUUACGGCUAUGAAUAUGCACCACCAGUAAACAAUCAUCACCAUGGUCACUCGUCUGGUGGUCACUCCGGAGGCCAUCACGGUGGAGGACACCAUGGUGGAGGUCACCACGAUGGAGGAGGUCACCACGACGGAGGAGGUGCAAGCUGCGGUGGCGGUGCAAGCUGUGGUGGUGGUGGUGGGGGUACCUAA